AUGGAGAGUCCUAGUGCCGGCGGGCGACGUCGUGGCAAUUCGCGGAUCAAUGCCGAAGACCAGGCAUUGGACCAGAUUGCAAAAGAGGCCGAGGCUCGAUUAGCAGCAAGACGUCAGGCACGAGCAGAGGCGCGUGAGAUACGCAUGCGAGAGCUGGAGCGCCAACAGAAAGAACUCGAACAGAAUGCAGAUCGAGUGUUCGAUCUGCAACAACAAUCGAUCGGUCUGUCCGAACCAGCCAGCCUUGUUGCGACUCCGCGUUCAAGUCGCAUGCUGGCACAUAAUGCAGCAGCUCGAGGAAGUGCCCUUUCGUCACGACGCAAUAGCGAAGAUUCGCUCGAGGAAGAGGCUCGCAGUUUGCGCGAUCUUCGACAUGAGUUGAAGGACGUGGAGGAGCGAUUCCGCAAGGCGAUGAUUGCGAACGCGCAGCUGGACAACGAACGAUCCUCGCUCAACUAUCAGAUUCAGCUGCUAAAAGACAAGCUGGAAGAGGUGGAGGAGUCGCACGCACAGCUGCAGCGAGAGUAUCGAGAGAAAUGCCGCGAUCGGGAGGCUCUCAAGCGCAACAACGACAAGCUAAGCGAAGAACUGAAGCUCGUCCAAGGUCAGCUACAGGAACGAGACGCUCUGAUAGAGCAACACGGGAUGGUUAUAGUCACGGUUGAGAAUGAAGACGGUACAGACGCGCACCGUGCUCUAGUCACCGCGGAUAAUGCGCAACUGCUCAAAUCCGUUCCCGGUUCUCUUGACGUAAGACUGAAAAAGUUUGCCGCAGAAAAGCAGGAACUGCAGACUGAGCUGCAAUCGCUGCAGCAGCAGUUAAAUGACUUCAAGAGCAAGGGCCGGCGGUACACUUCGAUCAAUGGUUCGCUUACCGAUGACGAUUUCGAGGAUGCGCAGCGAGAAGCCAAUAAGCUGAUAACGGAAUACAAAUACAAGCUGCAGAAAGCGGAACAGGAAAUUGCAAACCUGCAAGCCAGUCUGGCACGCUCCGAAACGCAGGUGAUACGAUACAAGAGCACAGCUGAAGCGGCGGAAAAGGCGGAAAGCGAUCUCAAGAUAGAACGAAGAAAACUUCAACGAGAGAACCGCGAAGCAAUGGAUCGCCUGGAGGAGCUAGAAACAUCCAACAAUCAUCUCCUAAAACGACUGGACAAGCUGAAGAGCAAGAGCAACAUGCUCAAAGAUAUUUCAUAGGACAUAUGCGAUUAAACUCCAGUUACGUCCUUCCGGAGCAGUCGACGUGCACAAGAGGCGCACAAACAAUCUUAGGUAAGUAAACGCAUCCGCCAACCGCCAUCGCCGGCAUCGAUCUAUUUUAGGUGACUUUCCAACCUCUCGGCAUCUGGACUGCAACAAGCAUUCCAAUGUCGACUAGUGUUCGUUUCUCAGUCCUCUUUAAACGAUGAAUUGCGUCCUAUAUUGUUCAGGAUAUCUGAUACGCACCAGUUUGCGUACGGAGCCGCACAUAUAGAUGCUAAUAUGUACAUUAUACAUUCGAUUAAUGCCGUCUAGCGGAACGGAGUGAAAUAUGAAAAUGUAAAGGGUUAAGAAACAAAAAAGUGAAAGGAUGAAAAAUCGCACUAUGCGAAGGGCUCGUUAAGAUGAACUUAAGAUCAUGAUUGAGCUAGUGUCAGGAGGCGCAGAUAUCGCAACAGUCCGCUUGUGUCAAAGUUAUCGACCCACAAACCGCGCAUAGCACGGAAACCUCCGCAAGCUCUAUCCUUUGGCCUCGGUUCGCCUAAUGUGGACCCUCAAUGUGGUUAGAUAUGUUGGUUAAUUUUAUUGCAUGUUUUGGUUUAGCAAUGCUUCAAUUUUCCUACGCAAACCAAAUGCUAAGCUACUUUUAAUCAUUGUAAAAAUCAUGUAAAAUCAAAAGUUGCGUCGCUUCGUUGCAAAACGUGUACCGUUCCGUAAGCUUUCAGCAAGGAAUAGGAUAUGUUUUUUAUUAUUGUUUUCCUUUAAAAUAAGCCAACUACCCGUUCCUGCAAAGAUCGAGUUUCACAGUUAUUAGGUCGUCAGCACGCGGAAAGAAGUAUAAUUCUUAUUUCAUGGGAAACGCUUCAGUCUAUUCCAAUAUGGCAUAGAGUUACUUACCAGCGCUGGUUUUGUGAAUGAGAUUUUGCGACGAAGACAUCAGGCGAUGGUAACGCAAUUACGGCUGCGUUAAUGUGUAAUAGAUCAUAUAUGUAGCGGAACGGCAAAGAUAGUAGAAGUGAACUUAGGGUAAAGGCGAAUUUGGCUAUGCUCCCUCCUUUCUUUCUUCUUCCAUGUUUAGGCAACGAGUAUUAAAACAAGCAGUGCUAGAUUGUGAGCUAUUGCAGCUGUAGCUUACCAUCAAACCUUAUAUUCGAGGAGUUUCACUGGCAUGUUAUCCUAAUUACCUUGUUUUUCUUUAUUCAAUAUUUUCUGGUUUAAUUCGAUAUUUACGGUUUUACUAGUUUAAUUCAAAAUUUGUAUUCAUUUUACAAGAAAUCAUGAUGCAAGUGCGAAUCCUUAAGAUAUACUCUAUUAUUUAGUGAAACUAUAUUUAUUUUUUUAUCAAUAUUUUUUAUGGUGCACUUAUGACGAUUCUUAAUCAAAUACUACAUAUUUUAACACUUGCGCUUCCAUUAAAUUGUGUUUGACUGUGACACGAUGGUGCGGAUUUUCAUCGACGACUGAAACUAACGAAAUUGCGUACCAAUUUCGUGCAUGGGAAGCCUCUUUCAUUUUCAUGGAGUAACGAUUUUUUAAGUCCUUAUUUAUUUGAUGUAACACGCCAGAAUAGAAGCAGCUCUGAUAAGAAGAAAAUGAAUAAACGGCGCAAUAAUGCUGCCAGAAUGAAAAUGGUAGUAAUACAGGUGACAUUUGACAGUUUUUGAACUAUUUUACCAGUGUCCUGCUGGGCUUAUCGGUUUUAAUUUAUUGAUUAGUACACAUGUAUAGUUUGAUUUUCCCGUUUGUUUUACGUGUAUAUGUUCUAUAGUGUGUUUACAUAGUAUAGCUGUUGGGUGGAUGAAACCACCAGGCGAAGAACUGGAAGGGGAAGGGAGCAUAAGCAUACGCGUGAAAGAGAUGUUAGGGGGCGCUUUUUAGGCAUUGAUACAAACGCGAAAAUAACGAAUAGAAAAUGAAACAAUAGCAGAAGAUAGAACAAAUAAUCAAAUAGUAAGGCAGCAGUGGGCUCGCCACUGUGAAACGUUAUAUUUAAAUAUAGAGAGAGCGCGAGAUCUAAUGAUGUAAUCAAAUACGCAACUCAUGAUAUAUAGAUAUAGUUGCAAUUCAAGUCCAAUAAGAUCGAUAAAAGCGCAACAAUGCAACACCAGAAUCAUGAACAAACAGAGCCCAGAUUACAAACUUAACGUGUAUAAACAAAUGGAAACAGAAUGACACUUCUUUGCUAUACUUGGAAUGUAAAAGCGUUGCCUUUCUACACGAGAAACGAAGAGAAACGAUUACAAUAUGUUUAGCACAGUGCAUGACGGAGGCAAGGAAAUGCAGAACAAGAAAGUGGAAGGAUCAGUGUAUAAAAAACGAAUCCUAUAUCUUUUAUAUGUUACGAAACCCGCGAUAAAAAUUUGUGCGAAAUAAACAAAAAAACGGUGUAAAAUUAUGAUCAGGUUUAUAGAAAAAGCAGGUUGACGCAAACAGUUCGAUCAACGAUAAGAUACGACUGUCGUUGAUUGAAGAUGAAAUGUUCAAACGCAACAAUUUGAUUCGGGAUCAUUUGAAAGUAGCGAGAGAAGCCGUUUCCAGUAGCCUAGAAGCCAUAGGAAAUGUUCAUGCAAGUGAGAAAAUGUUAUAAUACGAAGGAAGCAAAGAAGUAAAAUUGAUCUACGAAAAAUAAAGUAUAGUU